AUGGCAUUUUAUCGUUGUCCCUAUAUCCUUAGAACUGGUGAAGUCUGUAAUCGGCCAUGUUAUCAUCCCAAUGGGUGUAAAGUUCACCGGGAUUCACCUAUUCGUUAUCCUUGCAAAGAAUAUGGUUGUGUUAAGUUAACUAAUUCUGGUUAUG